UCGCGGCGGGCCGGCGGCGGGGAAAUACUAUUAUGCUAAUAGUUGUUUUGCUCGUCCUCGCGGGGAGCGGGGUUUAAAAGCCGGGAGCCGGGGGAAGGGGCUCAGAGGCGGAGGCAGGGCCGGAGUGUGUUUGGUGCCGGACUGGACGAGACGGGACGGGCGGCGAGGGGAGCGGCGGGGGCGGGCGGCCACGCACCCACCCACCCCGUGGCGAUGUCCGACGUGCACCUUUCGGGUGCGGCAGCGGCCCCGGAGCGCCUGGCGGCUCUGCGGGCGCUGCCCGUGCCCGGCCGCAGCGCCGUCUGCAGGAGCUUAUUCGGGCCGGUGGACCACGAGGAGCUGGGCCGGGAGCUGCGGAGCCGUUUGCGGGAGAUGGGCGAGGACGAUCAGCGCCGCUGGGACUACAACUUCCACACCGACACGCCGCUGCCCGGGCCCGGCCGCCUGCGCUGGGAGGAGGUGGAGGGCGGCACCGUGCCCGCGUUCUACCGGGAGACGCUGCAGGUGGGCCGGCACCGCGUUCCCCUACGCCGUGCCUCCCCGGCCCCGCCGUCCGUCGUCAAUACCGCAUCCUCCGCCGCCAAGGCUCCGGGAGGGCCGGGGGCGCGCCUGAGCCGAGAGAACCGCGCCGCGCCCCGCCGACGUGCACUGCGGCCACGGCGGAGCGGCCCCACGACCCGCAUCACAGAUUUCUUCGCCCGGAGAAAAAGGCCGGCCGAGCCCAAAUCGGCGGCCGAACGACCCGUGGGCUGCCCGCAGCCCCCCGCCGCCGUGCCGGCUGAGCACACCCCCCGCAAGCGGCUCCGCUGAGCCAGCCUUUUGCACUACGGCACCCACGGGAGAGGUGCGUAGCCCGCAGGCGCCGUGCCCCGGAGUUGUGGGCAGCCGGGACCCCCCCGCACCGCGCCCGGUCCGGGCCCCGCAGCGCCGCCGGAGUCGGGUCGGAGCCGCAGCGCCCGCCCGCCGGGAGCGGCCGCGCACGGAGCAGUGUUAGCGUACGAGUGUGCAAUGUGUGACGUUCUGUACAGAAAUGUAUUAUGCCUAAUGUGAGUACACUGGCCAGAAGUGUAAAGCUUUAACGGAGGAAAAAACAAACAAACAAAACAAAAACAAACAAGUCAUUUAUAUGGAAAUGUUUAAUCUCUGCUGAUCUCUCAGUGCAACAAAAAAAGAAGAAAAAGGAAAAAAAAAGGAGAAAGAAGAGGAAAGAAGCACGUGUAUAUUUGUACAAAACGUUUUCUAAGAGUUAUACUAACUUAUAUUUUCUAUUUAUGUCAGAAAUGUGGAUAACUGGUUGACAUUCAAUAGUCUUUUUUUUUCCCUUUUGGUUAAGCCAGAGGGCACUAUAUUUGCUUUUGUUAUUUACAAAAUGUAAAUUUAUUUUUAUAGUCGGAUUUUGGUUUUGUUUUUUGUUUUGGCCUUCACGUGAUGUAGUAAUGAACCCUGCAGUCUGUUCCCUGUACUUGAAGACAAGUUCCUAUAGUUCCUGAGCCCGACUGUAUCACUACCAUUGCCAAUAACACCACAACCUCCAAUAAUAAAAACAUCCCAGGAACCUUUGCAA